CUCAAGUGGCGGCGGAGACGGUGACCGGUGACCAUUGUGGGCCGGCGGGGUCCUCGCAGCUCCAGGGCCGCCCGCCCCACUGCCGUCACCCUCCUCCUCCUCCUCACUCACCCCCCGCCGCCGCCGCAUCAGCGAUGGGGAGGAGGUGUGUGUGGACGGGGGACGGUGUGUGUGUGUGUGUGGACGGGGGACGGUAUCACGGCGGGACGGGAUCAGGCGGUGAACGGGGCGCCCGCCAUCGCCAGGACCCAGCCGGGCGACCGUUGGUGCGCGCCGCGGCCGUUGGGGAUUUGAAAAGUGGAAGCGGGAACGUGGAUAGGAACGCGCCGGGCGCUCAGUGUGGGAACUUUGCCGUUUUGGUGGAUCCUUAUAUUUUGCCUCGGGGAACAAAUAAAGACACCAGCUGGUUUACUGAACACCACAAGGAGGAGAUAAGUACACUUUUAAAGGAAAAUAUUGACUUAAGGAUCAAGCAAUAUCUUGAAGCAAGAAAACAACAUCGGAACGCACAAACUAAAUCAAACAAAGAACUUACACCUAAUAACCCGCUUUGCUUAAAAGGUCAAAAUUUCCGGCUUGCUGCUUAUUUCAUGAAAAGACAUGCCAACUUAAGAUGUAUAACAAAACAGCAAUUUUGUGGACUCAACGUAUUCCCUGAUCGUUUUGUGGUAUGUUUAACACCCUGUGAAACUGAUCCAAUGAAGAGAAUGGCCGAGGAACAGAUUAUUGGUGCUAAGCAUGGAACUUCAGAAUACUUUAUUGGUGAAUCAGAGUUCAGCGAUGCCUCCAUCUCAAUCCAGAAGAAGAAGGAAACUUUGAAGCAAAUUGUUAAAAAAAGUUGCUGCCCAAAAAUGGAAAGCCUAAGCAAAGCUGACUCGGGAGAUUCCUUGACAAAAGCACUGCCUAGUGCAACAGAAGAUGAGCAAAAUGCAGCCCAACCUGCUGUGGAUUUGAGCCGUGAGAUUCAGGAUGUAAAUAAUGGUGGAAAAGAAGAUUGUCUGAACUCAGUUCAAAGCGAGUUAUUGCUUCCUGCCAUAAAACUGGAAGAAUAUAUCAACAGGAGCCAGCCAGCGCCACAGAGCUGCCAUCAGCCUCCUCGAUCUAUUCAGCAGCUGAAGGCGGGUUUGAAAAGCACUGGGGAUGUGGGUGAGUCAGCACUGCCGAAUCUCAAACAAAACGGAGUAAACAAAAAAACACAAACUACGCCAAGGAGGGUCUCUGCUCAGAGUGGAACAAAUUGUGCCGUCAGGGUCAUUUCUGGAGGGUCCCCUCCAUCUCCCGUCCAAGCCACAGUGGAGAUGAACUCUCCCGAGUCUUUAAGAAAACCACCGAGGAGAAAAAUGCCAGUAAAAACGAGUUCCCAUUCUAAGAGGUCAGUUAAAGGUAAAGCAGACUGCCUCGUCCUCGCCAGCAGAGACGCAGGUGGAUACUUGCUUUCCACACUCAGUUCCCCCCAAGACUUCUGUCAUGUGAAUAAACACAAAAGGAGAAGAUUAACCACGCAGAACAAGCCGGCGGCAGGUUCAGAGGUGCCACCUCCAAGUCAUUCACGUUCUGAGUCUCAGAGCUCGGCCUCCAGCACGGCAUUGAUGAAAGGCAAUUCAAGGAAAGAAAAUGUGCCAAGAACAUCAAGACUUCGAAGGCCAAAAAAGGCUGGAGCUCUCAGGAGUGAAGAUGUUGCCCUGAGAUAGUUUCCACUGGUUGGCAGUUAGUGUUUGCAUGUUACAGGAGACAAUGAAUGGUGUGCAUUUGUACCUUACUUUAUAAAACUAAACCAAAUAAUAAACUAAUCCAAAAAGCACAUCUCUCUUCUACAACUGCUGAGAUGCCAACAGCCUUGCUCCUGUUAUUUGACCUGUAAGCUAAUGAUAAAUUCAAGACUGUCUAAACUGCUUACUUUUAAUUUAGUUCAAUCUUCUUUUCAUAGUCUUGAUUAAUAAUGGGGAUCAUAUUUUGUUAUCCAUAAAACUGUCCAAUUUGAUUUUAAUAGUAUUAAUAUUGACUUCUAAAUGACUGCCUACAGUGUAUACGUUAUUAUAUUUUUGGCUAUCUAAUGUGUCAUAUAUAUUUGCUAUUCUCUAAAUUGUUUCAUUUCGUACUUUACAAUUAAAGUGUCUAUAGAUUUGCAAACU